CAUUCUGUUCUAAUAAGCUGAUACAACUCGAGCAUUUAAUUUUGGGUUGAAAGUUCUGAUCUGAGUCCAUCUUGUGAACCUUUGUCGCGUCAAAAAAAUCCCCGUCUGUGCAGCAGCAUCUUGUUUUCGCUAUAUAAGCUCAAUAUCUUCGAUGCCCAGUCAUCAGUCUCUCAGUUCCCAGUGCAACCACAGCUUUCUUUCAAUCCGGAAAUAAACCAGCAAUCUCAUCAUGAACUUCAACAGUAUCUUCGUCUUCGUGGCCCUCAUCUUGGCCAUCAGUUUGGGAAGUUCAGAGGCCGGCUGGCUUAAGAAGCUGGGGAAGAAAAUCGAACGCAUUGGGCAGCACACUCGGGAUGCCACCAUCCAGGUCAUCGGGAUUGCUCAACAGGCCGCCAAUGUGGCAGCCACCGCUCGAGGUUAAAAAAUCUCGAGAACGCUCACCACACCACUUAGACUUCCUGUUAAUCUAAUUUAUUUAAUAGUAAUCCCCCAAACACACACCAAAACGUGUUCCAUAUGUCAAUCUAAAGAAAAACAUAUAUAAAAAAACCAAUAAAUAUAAUUAAAAUAAAAAUAAUUAAAAAA